AAUAAAAUAAUAUAAACCUCUUGGGUAACCCUUUUAUGCUAUUGCAUUUGCAAUCCUUCUGUGUAGCAUUGCUAAUUGUAAUGUUUUCGAUACUAUUGCUUCACUAAAAUUAAAAUUUGUUCAACCAUUUGUAAGAAAAAUUCAAUGGGACUCAUAUGAAGUUACUCUACUCGUUACCCUUCAAAGUAACCGCAUAUCAGUAUCAGACAGUGUAAACGGUACUUGGUUUUCAUCAAAGCAGGCAAUGUCGAUGGAACGUAAACUAUAGUGUAUUCUGUUCAGUUUCGUAUACUGUGUGCAGUGAAAAUUAUUCAGCAGUGUCGUACAAAAUGUCUGGCCUAGAAAUGCUAAGAAUGGCAUAUGUUAAUGAAAGUUCAGACGAGGAAUUCCUGGGAUUCGAUCCUAAUUCUAAAAAAAUGAGUACUUUUCGCAGCGUGAAAUGGAAAUAUAUACACGCUUACAAUCGUGCGUCAAGUUGUCAUCAACGGUAUCGGAGGAGUCGGAUGCGUUCGCUGGGAUAUCUGUAAAUAAAGACCCACCAAGCUUAUCAUCACCGACAGCGGUUUACGAUUCGGACGGCAGCUUUUUUGAGGGUGACUCAGAGAGAGAUCAUACAAAGACCUCUAGAAAAAGGACCAAAAAAGAAAUUCGAAGAACAGAUGUUGAGACAAAACGCCGCUUAGCUCACACCGUUAUUUUAGAGGAUUGUGGUUGCCGCAAAGAGUGUGAUAAGUUGGUCCCAAAGGAUGACCGAAUAGACAUGAACAAAGCUUUUUGGGCUCUCAAUUCUACGGGACGGAAAAGCUUUGUACGAGAAAGAGUUCAGCGCAUAGCUGUGGAACGGCGCAGCUGCCAUCGUUACACCGAAACCCAACCCAAAAAGAAUCAUUCAUACAAAUUCCGUAUUCGCAAGACAGCAAGUGACGAAUCGUGGACCGUUUGCCGAAAAUUGUUUUUGAACACAUUGGGUUACAAUGAACAUUGUGGGUAAGUUUUAUUUUACAACUAUAUCAUACUGGAACUGGAUAAAUCGAUUUUUCAUAAUUACAGAAACAUUGUGUACCGAUUGGUUGAUGAUGGAGAAGACGAAGAAAAUACAGCGCCAAAAGCUCCGAAACGAGGAAAAUACGUACGCAGUACAGAUAAGCGUCAAUCAGUGAAGGAGCACAUCAACAAGUAUCAUCCAACGAUCUCUCAUUAUCGCCGUGAGCAUGCUCCGAACAGAAUGUACUUGCCGUCGGAUUUGACUCAGAAGGAAAUGCAUCGAAAUUAUCAAGAAACAAAUAAUUCUAGUAUCAGCUAUCAGUUUUACGGCCGCGUAAUGAAAAGCAUGAAUAUUGGAAUGGUUAAGCUCGGUCACGAAGAGUGCGAGUCAUGCAUUGAAGCAAUCCAGCACCAGCAACUUUCUAAGCAUACAGCUGAAAUGGCCGGAAUCGAUUCAUGUUCCAUUUGUGAGAAGUAUUUUGAACAUCUCAGGUUAGCCAAAGCAGCUCGGACCGAGUACCGUGAGGAUGGGGAAUCUAUUAAACCUGGACAUGUGGUAUUAGCAGUGGACCUGCAAAAGGUUAUCCAACUACCUCGUAUGGAAGGACUUAAAACUAUUGUAUUCUCACAAAGAUUGAUAGCGUUCAAUGAAACGUUUGCGCCGGUAGGAAAGUACACCCGUGCAUUACCAGUAGUAGCUUGUGUCUGGAAUGAGGCUAUUCGUGGCCGAUCAUCUGCAGACCUGCUUGGGUGCUUUCACCGCGUUGUAACGAAAUUCAGUAAAGUAGAUAAGCUUGUCUUAUGGUUGGAUAACUGCGCGGCACAAAACAAGAAUUGGAACCUUUUUCUACAUUUAAUCAUUCUGCUGAAUUCCAAAAACAUUCAAAUGAAGGAACUGGUUCUAAAAUUUUUCGAAUCAGGGCACACAUUCAUGGCGGCAGACAGCUUCCAUGCUGCCGUUGAAGGUGCCAUGCGACGACAUCCGCCAAUCACAUAUUCAGAUUUCAAAGCUGUAGUUCAGGGAGCAAAACAAAAAGUUGAGGUGAUGGAUAUGGUUCCCGAGCAUUUUUUCACUGCUGCUUUUACAGUUUCUCAGUACGUACUAAACAAGCUCAGCCCGCGCCCAUAUAUUGACAACAUUAGGCAGGUGGUCAUUAAGAAAGGCAGCUUAGAAUUUUAUUACAGCAACUCUGUGAAUGGGGAUGAUUUGAAAAGCUGUAAAAUAUUCACAACUAAGCAAGAAAACAUUAUUUCUUCAGACGAUUUUGACCUGGAACAUCUCUUAAAGAAACAAUGCAAGCCUCGAGGAAUUGACGAGGGAAGAAAAUCUGCUUUACUUGGUACAAUAUUACCAAUGAUAGAUGAAGAAAAGCAGCAAUUUUGGAUCGACUUACCUACAAUUGGAGAUUAAAUCUAUGUUGAUUAUGCUGCAAUUCGAUUUGAAUAU